CGGGUCUUAUCAGCAGCCAGAGAAAUGUCCCAACCAGACUCAGACAGGUGAGAGAGAUGCAACAUGGGCAGGAAUGGACCAAAGUGUGACUCCAGGAAGCCAAAGAGUCAACUAUCAUGUCACACAGCAACAACCUGCACCGGCUCCUCCAUCCGGAGCUGAGCCCCCGGUGGAGUGUGUGUGAAAGGGGACCCCUCCAGCCUCCAUGGCUCACUCGUCAGACCCGUCCCGCAGGGAGAAGACCCCCGGGACCCAAGGGUCACACACGGCUACGCGCAACCUCUUACGGAAGAAGGAGCAGCGUCGGCGUGGAAUCCGAUCCUCCUCACCCAUGGGCCGGGUCAUCCUCAUCAACUCUCCUGUGGAUGGUGGAGAUGACUGCGAGGACCUCCACACGAUCACAGUGGAUAAGAGUGUGGACGGCAAGCUCGGCUUCAGCGUGCGAGGAGGCUCAGAACAUGGCCUCAGCAUCUUUGUCAGUAAGGUGGAGGACAACAGUACAGCAGAGGAGGCAGGCCUGCAGGUAGGUGAUAAACUGGUGGAGGUGAACGGCGUCAGCCUGGAGAACAUCACGAUGAGCAGCGCUGUGAAGGUCCUGACUGGCAACAACAGGCUGAGGAUGGUGGUGAGACGUGUUGGCAAAGUCCCCGGCAUCCGCUACUCCAAGGAGAAGACGACCUGGGUGGACUUGAUACACAGGCGUAUGGUGGUGGAGGAGAGCGGACGGACACCUUCGGACGCCAGCUCAGGAAGCGCCCUCCAAAGGAUCGUCCACCUUUACACCACGUCAGACGACUACUGCCUGGGCUUCAACAUAAGGGGGGGAAAGGAGUUUGGUCUGGGCAUCUAUGUCUCUAAACUGGAUCCUGGUGGUCUGGCUGAGCAGAACGGAAUAAAGAUGGGGGACCAGAUCCUGGCUGCCAAUGGCGUGAGCUUUGAGGACAUCAGCCACAGUAAUUCUGUGGAGGUGCUGAAGAGCCACACGCACGUCAUGCUGACCAUCAAGGAAGCAGGACGAUACCCUGCUUAUAAAGAGAUGGUGGCAGAAUACAGGUGGCUCAAUAAGCUGGCCAAUGGUACUCAGAAAUCUUCCUCCCAAGGUUCGGAGUCCAACUCCUCAGCCUCCUCUCUGUCGUCUGGGACUCCGGUCAGCUCUCUGAGUGGCCUGUCGCAGGUCAUGUUCCCUCCCAGCAUGCCGUUUGGUUCAGACAUGGUGGAUGUCUGCAUCUCCACUGAGGACCAGAGGUCUGAGUCGGAGCGAACCGAGACCGCCAUGCAGACGGACCUUCCCUCUCAGAGGACGGGUGCAGAAACCACUCGCAGCCUGGGUCGAACCACUCUGCUCAGAGACACGGUGAUCGGUGGAGAGGAGGACAGGGGGAGGCAAGAGUCCACCAAGACGGCGGUGCUGCUGGCUCUCAGCAUGCCGAGCCGACCGAUCACCAGGUCGCAGAGCGAAGUCACCGUGGAAGAAAUCAAGCAGAAGAAAGAGAAGAAGCAGAAAGAGAAGCACCCAGAGGAGAAGAGCACCCUGCAGCGCUCGAAGACCUUCGUCAACUCGCUAUUUAAGGGUGGACGCAAGAGAGACACGUCCAAGGGACGCUCCAAGUCGCCGUCCAAGGCUGGAAAAGGGGGGCGACAGGUCAGCGCGAUGCCAAAUUCAGAGAUGCUUGUAAUUGUGGAGGACAUGGCACGCCGGCUGCUGACUGAGGAGGAGGUGGCUGCUGUUAUGAAGACGUGCCGAAGGUACGUGGCAGAGCGGUCAGUGGAGAACUUGAUACGCCACCUGCUGGCCGUGCUGGACAGACCUGAGAAGCUGCUGCUGCUGAGGGAAGUCCGGAUGCUGCUUCCUCCUCCUGACCUGAGUGCGUUCGACAAAAUGGUGACUCCCAUCGAAGUCGAGGCCUACGAUAUACUCAAGUAUCGCUCAAUCAAAACUGCUCCUCUUCGCUCUCCCACAUCCGGUCGAGCACCCAAACGGCGCCUCAUCACUCCCAUCCCGGAUUACAGAGGAGGCUUUGAGCUCCACAAUUCUGAGGAGGUGGAGAAGGAGAGCCACCUGCUGGAUGAGCUGGAGAAGCUCAGUGUGUCUGGGCCCCGGGGAUCCAGAGAGAGGCCCCAUCCCUGCAUGUCCUUCACCCCGCUGCUGGACAUACCAGUUGAUGGCUACAACACAGAGUCCAGAGACCUCAGACCUCCCUCCGCCAGCGCCGCCAUGCUCCCCAACUGGCUGCUGGCCCGCAGCCACGACUCCCGCCCUCCUCUCCGGACAGACAUCGGCACGAUUCGCUCCGUCCACUUUGAUGAGGUUUCACUGCACUCGCCUUCAGACAAGGGGGACGCGACCUCAGAGAGAGGAAGGUCCCCGUUCAGAAACGGCCACUCCAAAAGCAAAAAGGAGAAGAGUGGAGACCGGAGUAAAGAAACUGUGUUCACGCUGCAGAGUGCUGCCCGCAGGAGUCGGCCCUUGUUGUCGCAGGUGUUCAGGUCGGGUCCAGAUCAGCGAGCGGGGAGCGAACAGAUGAACGGACAUCAGACUUCCUCUGAGAACGGACUCAACGGCUCCGAGCCUGAACAGGAGUACGAGCUCAAAACUGUCAGCAUCUCCAAAACCAAACAGUCGCUGGGUAUCAGUAUAUCCGGAGGGAUGGAGUCCAAAGUUCAGCCGGUGGUGAAGAUCGAGAAGAUCUUUCCCGGAGGAGCUGCCUCCACCUGUGAAGUUCUCAAGGCUGGAUUUGAGUUGGCGUCUGUGGACGGACUCUCCCUGCAAGGCGUUACACAUCAGCACGCUGUUGACAUCAUCCGAAAAGCCUUCAGCAACAAGGCCAAAGACCCCAUGGUGUUUGUGGUCAAAGUCCCCAGAAACAUUUUGAAAGGAGACUGAGACGUGCUCAGUGAUUUUCUGGGACUAAACACAGAGACAGAGACUUGAAACACACUGAUCUGAGGUCAGGUAUGUAAUUCUGCCAUUCAUGUUGUUAAAGUUGGGAAUAAUUACAUGGACACUGGUGACAAAAAUGGCCUGAGGCAGCAGAUCACAUAAGGAUUAAGCAAAUGAAUGAAUACAUGAGGAAUAUUGUCUUGAAGCAACAAAAGACAUUUACAGUAAAUUCAAUGUGUCCAGAAAGCCUGAAAUCAUAAAAGAAAAUGGUGCUCCUGAUGCCUUAAUACUUCACUUCAUCACAAUCCAGGAGCCAAUGCCUGUCAAGAACAUUUUACAUUUUAUGUAUUAACAUCCACUCCUCUAAAGAAAAGCAGCAGUUUAUGUUUCUGAAUUUUUAAAUGUGCAGGAUGACAAACUGCAAACUGUAACCUGCGUGCCUUUAAAAGCCCCGUUGACUGAAAAUAAAAGUCUGACUCCA